CAACACUAAUCUAAACCAUUAGUUAUAAACUGAGGGGGUGACCUAAUCCAUUGAACAUAUAACAAGUUAAGUGAGAUGGAAAUGACUACAAAAUUUGGUUCAUGUGCCAAAUUAUUAUUAGUGUGUUUGAUGUUUGCUUGUGUUUUUGAGGUUUCAGUAGGAAGAACAUAUACAGUUGGAGAUAGUUUUGGUUGGCAGACUCCUCCUGCUGGUGCUCUUACUUUCUCCAACUGGGCUAACCAACAGACCUUUGUUGUUGGGGAUAUUCUAGAGUUCAAUUUCAACAGUGGUGUACACACAGCAACCAAAGUAAACAAAAAUGAUUUUGAUAGCUGCAACGCAGCAAAUCCUAUUGAUGAUGAAACCAAUGGUCCAGCAAGAUUCACACUCGAUACUACUGGGGACUACUAUUUCAUUUGUACCAUCCACUGUAACCAGGGUCAAAAAUUAAUGGUCAACGUCACUUCUGCUGACUCGCCCUCCGGCAGCCCUUCCCCCGGUUCAUCUCCGGCGACACCUGGCGGCAAUUUGUCUCCUCCGCCGUCGGGCUCCGUGUCGACUAGGUUGGCCGCCUCUGCUUCAUUUGUCAUCCUAGUGCCCAUUGUUAUUACUGCAACUUUCUCUUAAUGUUUAAUAGAAUGGAUGCCUUGGAGCAACAGUAAAGUUAUUUUGGUGUAACCUAUAGGUUACGGGUUCAAGUCGUGGAAUCAUCCAUUGAUGCUUGAAUUAGGAUAAGAUGGCCUGCAUCGCACCCCCUUGGAAUGCGAUCUUUUUCGGGCCCUACGUGAACACAGAAUACUUUGUGCACUAGACUGGUUUUUUUUUUUUUUUUUUUUUUUUUUUUUUUUUUUUUUUUUUUUUUUUUUGUCUUAGUGUUAAUAGUGUUUCUAAUUUGGUGUAUGGCUAUAUAUUAUGAAGUGCGUGCAUGUUAUGUGAUGUGUGUUGAUGUUUAGAGGCUUAACGAGCAUUUUGUAUAUAUUGAUCUCUUGUUUGAUUUCUA